AGCACAAAUGCCAGACUCACCAGACCACACCACCCGAAGACGCCACCGCUCCGCAUCCGGCUCGCCCGCCCCGCCCCGCGAUCGCCGCGAGCGAGCGCGCGAUUCGUCGCGCGACAGCAGAUCCCGCCGCCACGACAGCCACCGCAGCUCGCGACGAGACAGCUCGCGCCGACGAGAACGCCGACGGUCGUCCCGCAGCCCCACAGACCGACAGCGGAAUCGAAGGGACGACGACCACCGGCGCAGAGACCGGGAAAGAAGCCCCAGGGAGGACCGGGACCGACGACGCAGACACCGUGACGAGGACGACGACAACGACUCUUACCGAGAAUCCUCGCAUCGCCGACGGCAUCGCGAUCGCGACGACGACCGCAACAAAUCCUCUCGCCGACACCGCGAUGGCGGCCGCUCACGCUCGCGAAGUCCCGCCCCAGUCCGCUCGGGCAAACCGCUCCCCUCACAACAAGACGCCUACACGUCAUCCGAUCUCGUGCCGCAAGACGGCAGCGCGCCGGUAGUCGAGAAGGAGAAAGCGAAUUUCGGUCUGUCGGGCCGUCUGGCGGCGGAGAGUAACACCGUCAACGUGAACGGCGAUGCCGUGGUCCUCAAGUACCACGAGCCGCCUGAGGCGCGGAAGCCGCCGGCCAAGGACGCCUGGCGGCUGUACGUGUUCAAGGGGCAGGAGAUGUUGGAGGUGGUGGAGCUGAAUGUGCGCAGUUGUUGGCUGGUGGGCCGCGAGCACUUGGUGGUUGACUUCCCGCUGGAACACCCCAGUUGUUCGAAGCAGCACGCCGCGAUCCAGUUUCGCUACGUGGAGAAACGGAAUGAGUAUGGGGAUAGGAUCGGCCGGGUGAAGCCCUAUAUUAUUGAUUUGGAGAGCGCUAAUGGCACGACCGUGAAUGGCGAUGCGAUCCCGGCCGGACGUUUCGUCGAGAUCAGGGACAAGGAUGUGCUGCAGUUUGGCAUGAGCUCGAGAGAAUACGUCCUUAUGCUGCCGAGCCCGGAGUAGGCCUAUACCUGGACGAUGAUUGAUCGACUCAUUCUCAUGAGGCUUCAAUUUGAAUCAUCUGGAAAUCCAUCUCGGCGCUUUAACACUACUCUGGGUGGAUUGGCACAGUCCCCUCACCCGCUCACACCCCUGCAGGCUGCAGCUUGCAGACCAGUUACAGCCAAGAGAGUGUCCAAAAAUACUCACAUUCUGUCCUCGCCUUGGGACAGGUGUAUGAUAACAGUCCAAUGACCAAAGGCGGUGUAUCAAAGCGCAUCGAAGCCAACACAAUGACACCGACGUACGCACAGGACUAGGGAAGCUACAAGGCCCAAGAAACAGAUAGACAAUGCCAAGCAUGUAUGAAAUUAGCCAAUGUAUG